AUUAAGUAAGCAAUGUUUUAAUAGCAACUUAUUCAUAAAUGCUUGCGCCAAGAUGUCUAUCUCAAAAUUAUUCGUGAAAGUGUUCAACGAAGACAUAUUUGAGCAGUUGGAACAAGAGAACACGGAACUGGUUGAUGACCUGGAGGGUGGGACAUGUGCCAAUGUGACGGAUCCAAAGCCUCCUCGGAUAGAUGAAUUGUCGGUGACAAAGCAAAUGACCAUUGUGAGGAGUUGGCUGGAUGACAAGUUUCAACAGAUACAAACGGACAGCAAUGACGAAAUUCGUAAGCUUUAUGCGGAGACAGAGCAGCGGGUUGGUCCCGAUUUGACGAUAUUCGAUGUGGACUAUACGACAACAGUGCGUGUGUCCACGGACAGAUUGGCCUUGCGUUCUCAAGGCAGUUUCAACACAGUGCGCUCAAAUUGCUGUGUUUAUGGAGGUCGCUGGAUGUAUGAGGUCCAUUUACACACGAAAGGUGUUAUGCAAAUCGGUUGGGCAUCUAAUGGCUGUACUUUCAACGAAAACAGUGGAGUGGGUGAUACGAAGUAUAGCUAUGGCUAUGACGGCAGCAAGCAACAAGUGUGGCAUAUAUCAACAAAAAAAUAUGGGGACAAAUGGCAAAUAGGCGACAUCAUAGGCGUUACUAUUGAUGUGGAUCGUGAGGUCAUUGAAUAUUAUCGCAAUGGUCGUUCUAUGGGCAUUGCUUUCAGCAAACUGGAGAGAGCACCAGGUGUUACAUUCUAUGCCGCUGUUUCGCUAGGCUAUACGCAGGGGAUUCAGGCAAACUUUGGCAAUCGUCCGUUUGUUUAUCCAAUUGCUGGAUUUCAGCCAUUAAUGGCACGUCCUAUCCUCAAGUUGCGUCGUGCGAACCUGCUUAUGAACUAUUUGAUCAAUUUGGCGGGCAUAUUCUCGCAUUACAUUGCACAAACGCGGUCCCAAUCUGGACCCCUGCAGAUGAACGAAGUACGCGUUUCUACAAAGAAAACAGUCUAUUGUAUUUUUGCAACGCUCCUCAUUGAGCGUUUCACUCAGGAAAUAUUCGAUCCAUACAUUAUUGAGGAUGUUUUACUCGGGCGUAUUUCCUACAUGACUUCACUGCCUGCCGAAAAAGAGAAUCCCAACAGUACACUAAUGGGUCUGUUAUCGCUCUUCUGGAAUUUCAUGGAGGCUGAUGAAAUUAAGUUUGUUUUGCGAAAAAUGGUUAAUGCGCUUUUAGCCACAUUUACGCAUACAAUACAGGGCCUGGACUAUGAGAAGCAUCGUCAGGCGCUCAGUGUAUUACAUUGCCUGUGCCUGCAUGAGCAGACCAGAAAGUACUUGUUAGAAGCUAAACUUUUUAAAAAACAUUGCCUCGCAUUUUUUCUCUAUAUACAUCCGCUGGAGUUUUAUAUAAUGCAGGAGCUUUUGCCCGAUUACAUGGCAUGGACAGAAGGCAUCGAUGGACCGAAAGACAAAUAUUUGAGCGUUGCAGAAAAAGUGCGAAAAGUGACGGAAGCUUUGUAUGCAGCACAGAAGGACUUUUUAACCACACUAAUGACCAACACCGAUGGCACUGCGGACAGUCCCUCUAGUCGUAAGCUGUUUCUUACUAAAAUGCGUCGCUAUGUCAUCGAUUUGAGUAUGGAGCAACGGCCCUUCCAUGCUUUCUUCUUCAUGCAAUCGAGCAUACAGCAUCCGUUAGAUGCUCCUGUGGCUCUUGCAUUUGUCUGCAUAUUAAUCGAUCAAGUGCGGACACUCUUUAAGGAUGAGCUGCCUGGCAAGAAUGUCGAAGUAAAUCCAGAUUACUUCUACGACGGCACCUUCGACUACAUGCAUUUUGAUCGUGUCGGCGGCGUGCUAUCUCAUUUGAGAAAAGUACAUCGCCCCGAUAUCGACUCACGGUUGGGAGCGUCACGGGCCCAGCAAAUUUACGAUGAAGAUCGCAAUGUAAUGCGUGUGAACGAAGUAGAUACUACACUGUACCUGCUUGGCGAGAACAUUAACAACGUGGCAGUAAUUGGACACACACAAGGUAGCAACAACACGACUUUCACGCACUUUCUCAACCCACGACUCAUGCCAAAUUCUGAGGUAGGAACGGGCAAUAUCGAUACCGAGAUAAGUCUGUGCGAGCUGCUGGAUGUUUGUAUAAUCUUCUACUACUCGGCGGGUCACAAAUAUAUAGUGAAAAUAUCAUCGGUGCGUGAUGAGAUUGCUGCCCUAAAUGAGGUGCUGAAAGAGACGAAAUACUACCGUGAAGACAUCGAGCGUAAACUGGUGGCCCUGGAGGAACAUGCAAAUGUCUGUAUGAAUGAGAAUCACACGCAUGUUAUGGCAGAGCUGCGAUCUAAAUUUAGUCAGCGUCAGAAUGUGUUUGCAACUCGUUCUAUAUCUUUGGCCCGCAAGCAAAUUUGGCUUCGUGGAGUGGCUCUAAACAAUCAUAGGCGUUCACUUCUUAUAUGGCUGCUGGAGCGCAUGCUGCGGACCUUGACGAGCGCCUCGGCCACCGGCCCACUGUUUUCCUUUGUACCUGAGGUCUACUUGAAUACGCUACCUAUAUUACUAGAUGCUGUCAUGGAUUUUACCCAUCACGAUUUGCGUGCGCAAUUCGAAGUCACAGAUGCCGAGUGUAGCAUAAAUGCCGCUGCCGAGUUCUUGGCCCUACACUCGGCGGAUUCACGAAUCGUUUUGGCAUCUUGCAAAGAUUCUUUGCUGCAAGCUUUAGGGACGCUCACCUGCCACAAAUCCGGGGUACGCGCUUUGGAACGUUCCUCGAAGCGUGCCCAGGUGACCUUCGUACGAGCCCUCCUAAGACCGUAUGAAAAUCGGGCCUGGGGACAGAGUAAUUGGCUGUUGCUGCGCUUUUGGUUAGGGGAGGGCUUCGCCUAUAAAGAUGCACGUCAACCCAGCGUGUGGCAGGGUGGCACACAGCCGCUGCAUCAGGGUUUGUGUCGUAGUCGAUCGCGCAAUGAAACGCACACUGGAUUGUUGCAUAACGUAGCGCCCGCCAAUCCCUCGAAGCAUUUUCAACGUUUACUUGGAGCUAAACUAAUGGAAGAAGAACCGUUUGCUACCACGUUUCUUAACUCGGUCCUCAGUCAGCUGAAUUGGGCGUUUUCGGAGUUCAUUCUGCUGCUGCAGGAGAUACAGAACACGGCACAGCGUCAGGAGAACACCCUCUUCGAACCCAAACAACUGAAGAUCUGCUCUAUGUGUUUUGAGCUUACCGUUUCGUUGAUGCGCUGCCUGGAGAUGAUUAUAACUGUCUCACCUGAAAUCGUCACCGAUGCUUCGCGACCUAACAGCGACCUGUUGCUAAAUCGUAUUUGCCAGCUUAUUAGUCAAGUGCUGUCGAGGGUAACCGUUCCUCCGGGUUGUUUCCAAUUCGUCGUGGACAUGUGUUCAGCGGAUUUAAAUGCAGUGACACAUUUUCCGAUAAUAACAGCAUCACUGGGAAUAUUGUUAGCUUUGAUGCGCAGUGAAAUGGACAAUGACCAGUUGCCACAGAAGGUGACCCGCGUAUCGCGCGCCUUUCUCACCGACCCCAGUUUUCAGUUUGCCACAUUGGAGUUUGCCUUGGGCGAGAUACACACACCAUUGCUGGAACUGAAAGACAUACCGCGUGGCAAUUUUGAUCCCUCAGCGCGUCCACACAUUGACCCAUUGACGAACGAUGUGCGCGUGCCUCUUCCUAACAAUUCGAAGCGAAUACGCGCCGAUCCACCUAUUAUAAAGUUUGCGCUUAGUGACUUUCCCACCCAUGUAUCAACCGAAGAGAUUGAGGAAGUUCGCCGGUUGAUCGAGAAUUUGCGCAUUAAGCAGGCAUUGCUCUCGGAUAUUACACUGCCAUCGGAGGACUCGCUCUGUCCGAUUUGUUGCGCUAAACCCAUUACUGCCGUAUUUACACCCUGCAAGCACCAGUCCUGCAGUGAUUGCAUCAUGCAGCACAUGAUGAAUUCCAAAGUCUGUUUCUAUUGUAAAACAACGAUACAAACUAUAGAAACAGUGGACGGCACGCUGAUCUACUCAAAUGACGAAGUGGUGCCAACACCAAUGAUCGAGCGCGGUUGAAGGAAACCCACCGAAGUCUAAUCUUAUACCAAAAAUCUAGUCAUUGUUGAAUCUCAUUGUGAAAAACAAACAGCUACGCUUUAAACAUAAACAUAUACAUAUAUAUUUGAAUAUUUUUAGUUAUAAUAUAAUACACACAUGCUUAUGCUUGCAA